UACUAGAUGUGUGUGAGUGUGUGUCCUUUAGUUGUUAACCCGAGCUUAUUUUUGGUAUUGUUCCAAGUUGAUCUGCCAACAUGGACCAGAAGCCACGUAUGGUUCCUUCCCCCAAUACCACUUUACUGUUUUGUUUUAUGUCAUACUUACUGGGUUUGAAGCAGGAUGAUUUGGAACAUCUAGGGUUUCAACUUUGAAGACUUCAAAUUGUAUGGGUUUGCAGGUUGACAUUUGCAAGAACAGACCUGUUUACAACUUAAGUCAGUCAGUCAUUACACCUUACACCACAAAUGUCCGCUUCAAAAAUACCGCCACUUCAGCCUGGUUCGUCACGGAAAAAGAAAAGGAAAUAUACCAAUUGGGAUACACAAGUAAAUAUGGGUGUACCAUCGUUGAAACGAGCAAGUCCCCGUGCCGCGAUGCUUGCCGUGUCGAUGCUUGCUGCAAACGCUUCCAAAAAAAACGACGCAGUCUCUUCCAACGCUACUCCACAUGUACCUUUACCUGCCUGCACGUCAAGCAAACAAUCACAAACGCCUAUCAAGUCAUCGUCUUAUUUACAAUCUGGCGAUUGCAAUAUUGUAUGUGAAUACUGUGGCUCGUAUUUCUGGCAUGGUGAACGCGUGAUAAGCUUUGCCACCGAGCGCCCGAUUAAAUACAUACGGUGUUGUAAAGGAGCCGCUAGUGACACACUUGCUGAACAAUCUUGUUCAGGUUCUACGCUUACAAAACAGAGAUUAUGUUCUGGACAAGAAAGUGGAGAGAGUGUUCAACAGUCUCGUACAAAGGACAAGAUCGAAUCUGGCAGAAGUGAGUCAGCUGAUGUUCAGUUUGAGGUCUCAACCGAAAUACAUAAUAAUAUUCUUCCUUAUGUUAACAAGCUUCGUGAUCAUCGGAACAGAGGUCAAAAUGCUGUUUUCUUUGACGGGCAGGACCGGCUAGUGAAGGUGGUCUCUUUUGUAUCAUCAUUGUUGGAUAACAUGAAGAAGCCUAUUCUAAUAAUAGCUUCUUCCAGUGCACUUUUCUUGUGGGAAAUCGAGUUUUCAAAGUGGUCAAAGUCGGUCAACGUUGUAACAUACAAAGGGACCAAAGAUAUCCGGGCUGCCAUUAGAGAUUCAGAGUUUCAAGUCCUUUUAUCUUCUCCAGAUGCCGUUGUGGAGGACAUGGAAACGCUUGUUCAUAUUAAGUGGGAACUGUUAGUGAUAGACGAGUGCCAACGCCUCAUGAUUCCAAUGCAUUUAAAGAAAAUUCAGAUGCUUAUGGCUGAUAUGAAACUGUUAACAGUUUCAGGUGAACCAGUGGAUAUUUUGCAGAGUUACCGAAAUAUUCUUUCACUGGUUGAUUGCAUAAAUGAAAAUAUAAAUACUGAUGCUGACGUGGCAAUGAACGAUGAUAUUAGCAUAUUGAACGAAAGGCUAUCGCCAUUUAUAGCAUUUCAGUGCAAUCUAAAGAGAACACAGAAAGAAACUAGUGUAGUUAAAGUUCUUGGAGAGAAUGUUCAACAGUCUAGUACAAAAGACAAGAUCGAAUCCAGUAGCAACGAGUGCAAGUUCGGCACCACUGAUCUUGAAGAGUAUUGGGUCCCGAUUCAUCUUUCAUCAAUGCAAAUUAAACAAUAUUGUUCAAUUUUAGCUUCGAAUUCAAGCACACUCGCUUCAUUAUCAAGAACAUCUUCACUCAAUGAUGUCAUCACACAGAUCCAAAAGUGCUGCGAUCACCCGUAUCUAGUGGACCCCACUUUACGUAAUUCAUCGAAAGAAGCUUCUUUGAUCCAUGUCAGUGGCAAACUGCAUGUUUUCGACAAGAUCCUGUUGGAGAUUAAACGAUGCGGUUUGAGAGCACUUGUACUAUUUCACUCGACGGUUAAUUCAGAGAAGAUGUCAACCGGGCGUUAUUUGGAUGAUCUUGUUCGUCAAAGAUUCGGCGAGAAUUCGUAUGUGUAUAUCCCCUGGUGGACGCUUUCUCGUUCUGGAUAUGUAAAGAAAGAAGAAGCGUUAGAAAUGUUCAACAAAGCCGAGAGCGAUAGGUUCGUUUGCUUAUGUGAUCACCUUGCUUGUCUGUCAAAUCUUCGGCUUUCCCGUGUGGAUGUCGUUAUAUUAUUCAACAGUGACCGGAACCCGUCAAAUGAUAUAAAAUCGCUUAAGAGGAUCACCAUCGAUUCACAUCGUGAGCGUUUAAUUGUUUUCCGGUUAUAUUCAGCAUUCACCGUUGAAGAGAAAUCACUUAUUCUUUCAAAGCAAGGUACAACAGUUGACAGUUUUAUUAGCUCGAGUGUUUGCCACCAGUUGUUAGCAUGGGGCGCAACCUACUUAUUCCGUAAGCUCCGAAGCGGUACCAACUCCGGACCUCAGUCGUUUAUAAAUGAUUUGGUUUGUGAGUUGUCAUCCCUGUUGACGAACACGAGUGUCAAAACAGGUCCCGUGAACCGCUCAAUCAUUGCAAAUGCGCGUAUGCAAACCGGAGGUUAUUCUGGAAGUAUCUUGUUAUUCGGUGAAACUGAAACGCACUUAAAAGAAAGUUCUUCGAUUGAUGAGUACUUGAUUGAUAACAGACAUUCUGUUUUCUGGAGUAAUUUGGUCAACAAAAGUCAACCUGUACCCGAACGCUCUUGUAGCAGCAGCUCUUCCACACUUGCUGAUGAAUCUUGUUCGGGUUCUACUGAAUUAGAGGUCUCAACCGAAUUACAUAAUCAUGUUCUUCCUUAUGUUAUUAAGCUACUUGAUCAUCGGAAUAGAAGUCAAAAUGCUGUUUUCUUUGACGGCCAGGAUCGGCUAGUGAAGGUGGUGUCUUUUGUAUCAUCGUUGCUGGAUAACGUGAAAAAGCCUAUUCUAAUAAUAGCUUCUUCCAGUGCUCGUUUGUUGUGGGAAAUCGAGUUUUUAAAGUGGUCAAAGUUGAUCAAGGUUGUAACAUACAAAGGGACGAAAGAUAUACGGGCUGCCAUUAGAGGUUCGGAAUUUCAAGUCCUUUUAUCUUCUCCAGACGCCAUUGUAGAGGACAUGGAAACGCUUGAACAUAUCAAGUGGGAAUUGUUAGUGAUAGACGAGUGCCAAUGCCCCGCAAUUUCAACGCAUUUAAAGAAAAUAAAGAUGCUUAUGGCUGAUAUGAAACUGUUAACAGUUUCUGGUGAACCAGUGGAUAUUUUGCAGAGCUACCGUAAUAUUCUUUCACUGGUUGAUUGCAAAAAUGAAACGAUACAUACUGAUGCUGACAUGGAAAUGAGCAACGAUAUUGGCAUAUUGAAAGAAAGACUGUCGCCGUUUAUAGCAUUUGAGUGCAACCUGAAGAGAACACAGACAGAAACUAGUUCGGUUAAAGUUCUUCAAAUCCCUGCAUCUGCACUGUUUGGAUCCAAGAACCCGUAUUUGACCAGUGGUCAUAGUUUAGCCGGGUCAGGACUACGCCCAGCCCCUCAUCUAAGGUCAAGCACGUCGAUGUUUGCACCAUUCCGCAACCAGCCCGCCAGUUGCGAACCAUCUCUCGAGCCAUUGCCCAAUCUGUCAGCUACGCAAACAGUUGACAAAUAGUCAAAUACUCCCCUGUAUAGAAACAGAAUCAAAUAGUUGACUUUAUCAAGUAUAUAGCGAUCUGACCGAUGCAUGGCACCUUUUGAUCUUGUAAGUGUGUCUAUGCACUUAUUAUAGAGGUUUGAUAUGAACAUAAUUAUAGUGUUCAUAUCUAGCAGUUAGGCUCACCCAAUGUACAUGUUUUAAAUAUGCUUGCUUAUAGAUGCAUGCCGUAGGUGUUUAGAUAUAGUCAACUAAGUCAACGGUUGUCGGGUGAGUUAGUUUGACUUUAAGUAUGAAGAUCGGUGUCACUUUGACACCGAUAAAGUUCUUCUAUGUGUUACGAAAGUGUUUUGUAUUCGAGUGACUGUAUAUUCUCAAACGCUGACAGUUAUAAAUGUUCGUUACGAUGAA